AUGAUUGUAAUGGAAGGUUUCAUUGAUGUAAGGUGUGGUGAAUGUUCUGAAACUGUUAAUAACGACGGUUUUAUCGCCAAUAAUCAUCUAUGGCAUUGUGAUCAUUUCCAUUGCUCACGUUGUAAGUCAAAUAUAACACGUGAGUAUUACAUAGAUAAUGGGGACGUCGUUUGCGUUACGUGUAUGUUGGUACAACCAAUGCCUUGUCAUAAAUGUGGAUCUGCAAUACACGAAACAUAUUUAGAAGCAAUGGGAUAUUGUUGGCAUCAGAAAUGUUUCCUCUGUUAUCGAUGUCAAAAACCCUUUCCAAGUGCGAAAUACUGGUUGCUAAAUGGACAUCCAUAUGAUAAUGAUUGCUAUUGGGGAGCAAGACUUGAUGCUCAAUGUUUUGUAAAAUGA